AUGGCCCUUAACCCUCAAUUGCUACCCAAUGGGAUGCCUAUUCCCUUUGUUAAUGAAAUGUUCGUUCUAGUCAGAGAUGGUGUUGAGUUUGAAGUUGACAAGAUCCCUGGAGGGCAUGGAGGUCAAGUUAAGGUCAAAGGAGUGAUAUACUUGUCUAAUAUACGGUUGGUCUUUGUUGCAAGCAAACCUGUUGAGAACUUUGUUGCUUUUGACAUGCCCAUGCUUUACAUCCAUGCUGAGAAAUUCAAUCAGCCAAUAUUCCACUGCAACAAUAUUUCUGGACAAGUGGAGCCUGUGGUUCCAGAGAACGAGCAUAGAGCUUUAUAUUCAACACACACUUUCAAGAUCCUAUUUAAGGAAGGUGGUUGCGGGACUUUUGUUCCUCUCUUCCUGAAUCUCAUAACAUCAGUGAGGCAAUACAAUCGGCAACUGCAACAAGCAGCAGCUCCACGUGUUGAUCCUCUUCAAGCUGCACAGACCCCUGUGGAUGAAAUGAUGAGACAUGCGUACGUAGACCCGAAUGAUCCAACGAAGAUAUAUCUGCAGCAGCCAUCAGGGGAAUCUCAGUUGAGGCGGCGAGCUUACCAUUCGAGUGCAGCAGAACAGUGA